UAUGAUUAAAGGAGGCAAGACGAUUAUAUGACGUAAAUUCUAAAAAGACUUAUAAAAGACAAUCAGAACGUGUGAUCAGACACUGUCAGGUCGCUUUGGAUACAAGCACAGUGUAUUCUUCAAGUCAUUCACUUUUGAAGAGAUUUCAGGCAAGUCAAUGGCUUUCCACAUUUUUCUGGUGUCCCUAUUUCUCUUAAAUGCACUUCGAACUUUUGAUACCCUUCAAGCUGAUUCGGAUCCAGAUGUUCGUUGGGAAACUUUUAAGAAAACAUAUGGAAAAACCUACAAGGCUGAAGAAGAAGAAAUGAGAAGAAAAACUUUUGAAAAGAAUUUUCGAAAAAUUUCCGAACAUAACCAACGAUAUGAGCAGGGAUUGCAUUCUUUCCAUUUAGGUUUUAAUGAGUUUGCUGAUAUGGUGUUAGAAGAGUUUGCGAAAAUGGUGAAUGGAUAUAUAAGCUCAGAAACCGAGGCUCCAAUUCCUUUUGUAGUUCCUAGCAAUUUUAAUGCACCAGAUAGUGUUGACUGGAGAAACCAAGGAGCAGUUACGGAAGUUAAAAACCAAGGACAGUGUGGAUCAUGUUAUUCCUUUUCUGCUACUGGCGCUUUAGAAGGACAACAUAAAUUGAGACGAGGAAAGUUGGUUUCUCUCAGCGAGCAAAAUAUAAUUGAUUGCUCUCAUAGGGAAGGCAAUGAUGGAUGCGAUGGUGGAGAUAUGGAUGCCUCGUUUCAAUAUGUUAUGUUGAAUGGAGGACUUGAUUCUGAGAAGUCUUAUCCUUACAAAGCGAAGGUAGGUAAGUGCAAUUACAAGAGGAAAAAUUCAGAAACGAUGUGCUUAGGUUAUUCUGAUGUCACUCCAAGAGACGAAGAUACUUUGAAGAUAGCCGUGGCAAUGGUUGGGCCGAUUUCGGUUGCUAUUGAUGCGAGCCAUGACAGCUUCCAGUUGUACCAAGGUGGGAUAUACAAUGAACCCAAUUGCAGCAGCACUUAUUUGGACCAUGGUGUACUUGCCGUUGGAUAUGGAUCUGAAGAUGGAAAUGAUUACUGGCUCGUCAAAAACAGUUGGGGUACCGGUUGGGGAGAAAAUGGUUACAUUAAAAUGUCCAGAAACAAAAACAACCAGUGUGGAAUCGCCACAGAAGCCAGCUUUCCUGUCCUUUAAGAAAAUAUCAUGAAACUUUGCUCAAGAUGAACGUCUAAUGUAUCCGAAUCAUAUUUUUCAAAAGAAAAUACACUCCAAAAAUUAUGUUUAGAGAAUGUUUGAGAUGUUUAAAACUAAUAUUUCAUGUAAAAAUAAAAGAGUUACAGACA